AUGUUGAUCAGGCACACCGGAUAUCGCUGGGAUCACCCUCCCGGCGAUCUUGGCAUACAAAACCCAGUGGUUGAAUACUGCCCAAAGCUAAUGACGCUACUAUCUGUUGAGAGUCGAGUGAGACCGAAAGGCAUAUAGACCACUCACGUACCUGGGUGACUUUUAAGCAUUUUGGUGAUCCGCCACGCGCCUUUUGGAAGCUGCUUGGGGUCGAGAGUUUUCUGGAGUUCUGUUAUGUGUGAGACGAGAGACGGGAAACUGUUUACGGAGAGUUUUUGAACAAAAAGAAGAAGGACGCAAGAAUAGAAAAAUUUCAGAUCUUGCGCGCCGAUUAAUUAAAAGAGAGAGAGCGUCACAUCGCUCUCCCUCGCCGAUUCUUUCACCUCCCGCCCGCUCUUAGCAGAGAAGUGGCUACGAGGCAUAAGGUAGCCCCUUGCUUGGGUAGGAGUAAGCCCUCCGGUUUCUGUUUUUCUUUUUGGUCAUUUUUUGGCGAUCGCGGAACGCAGUUCAGGACGCACGGGGCGAAGGAGGGAGCACGAGGGGGCGAAGAUAAGAAAAACUAGGUUGGAGUUCCCUCAACAGCGACAGCUUAUGUUGUGCUUAGGGCUUUAAGCCAGUAGAAACUUACUCUUAGGAUUUCACUUGCGCAUUACUUAGUCAAGAGUAAGCAGGGUUGGCGGCCCUGCCCUCGUGCCUUGAAGGCAGGCGCAUAAGAGUGGGACGGUUGGCAGCUGGUGGCGGUUUAUCUGAAACAUCUAAUCCGCCUCCUCUGCCCCUAGUUUUUCAUCAUUUUCAAAUCGGCGGGUUCGUAGGCAAUUAGUGCAUCUGUAAUAUAAGGCGCCUAAUGCCCUCCGCCUGCCGCCGGUUUGCGAACUGGAUAAAACUGGGAUCACCCUUCCGGCGGUCUUGGCAUCCUUUUUAGAUCGGCAGGCUCGUAGGCAAUUAGUGCACAGUAAUAUACGGAGGUAAUCGGACUCCACCUUACGCCGGUAGGCAUUUAUGUCUAGUUGUUCAUUUGUCAGUUGAUUGCGCAUUAGUCAAGAGUUAGCAGGGUUGGCAUCCCCUGCGCUCGUGCCUUGAAGGUAGGCGUAUAAGAGUGGGACGGUUGGCAGCCGGUGGCGGUUUAUAUAAGACUUUUAACUCACCUCCUUCACCCCUAGGGUUCAUCCGUUUAAAAUCGGCGGGUUCGUAGGCAAUUAGUGCGCAGUAAUAUAAGGAGGUAACCGGACUCCACCUGCCGCCGGUUUGCGAACUGGUAAAAACUGGGAUCACCCUUCCGGCGAUCUCGGCAUACAAAAAAAAAAUGUUGGCCUGGGUGGGGCCCAUGAAUGAGGGAUCCGAUUUAGUCAUUGUUUCGCUUGGUUUUGGGGUUAUCAGAGAAAUGUACCAUACUUUGUUAGACAAGCUAGCGGGAUAAUCAUUCGACAAGCCGUUUGCACAGAGGAAAAAUGUAUAGAAAUGAACUCAUUCUUACCUGAGGGAGGGAAGAACAAGCAUCUCACCCUCGAAAAUGUAUACCAUAGUUGCUCAUCUGAUGGGUUUGGAUGUGUUGAGCUACGAUCUAGUAUGUAUAAGAAUAUAGAAAUUCAGAUUGAUUGUCACUCCAAUAGUGUAGUAAAUCGUCCGGGAAUACCGGUUUGUAAAUUCGUGAAACGAGUCUGCGACAGACCGCAUGCUAUACAACAGCAUACGCGCGAUACAGAAGAGCCAAAUCGAACGCAGGCACAAAGU